CACACCGGAGACUGCGAGCGAUAACUGGACCUUUUUCAUUUCAACGAAAGAAAUCAGUGUUGUUUUUUAUUUGGAUUCGUGUGAUUAACACCUUCUAUUUUUAUUAAGACAACUACAGCUUAGCGAAUUCAACAGCGAAUAAGAUAUGUCCAAAAAGGUAGCUCAAGAUCCUAAUAGCUUCAGGAUUCAGCCGAUAAAACGUGAGCCACAAAAUAUACUACCCAAACUUAAUGAAUACAUCAAACAAAAACACGAUAUUGUACAUGAACAUAACGUUAAACAAGAACAUGUUGACGAAUCUACAGAAUCUAAGCUUUAUUAUAAUAGGAAUGACAGUCAAUCUACUAAUCAGUAUUAUACGAAAGACUUUAAAAAUACUAAAGCAAAUAUUAAAUUUCAAAUAAAUACUAAAGUGGAUGUAUUUAACGAUUCCGAGUAUGAAAGUUUUUUUAUGCGUGAUAACAGUUAUGUGCCAUCGGUUGCGUCCUCAACAUAUUAUAACAUUAACUCGCACAUUGAAAACAAACCUACGAAUUUCAAUCUUAAAAUUGAAUCCUCAACUGAAACUUAUAUGCCAACUAAACACAAAGUGAUUAAGUCUGAGCAAAAAAAAAAUCAGACAAAAAAUGAAGUGAACGUAAUUGACAAUGCUGUAUUUGAAAAACACGUUAUUCAUAAUGACAAAUUUAGGCCAUCAGUUGAGUCUACGACAUAUGACAUUGAGUCACACGUUGAAAUAAAUCCUAGAAAUUUGAAUAUCAAUCAUAACAUUAAUGCUUCGACUAAGACUUUAAAACCGACUAAACACAAAACGGUUACAUACGAAAAUAAUACUCAAAUAAAAACUGAAAUAGAUAUAAUUGACGAUACAAUGUAUGAAAGUUUUUUUUAUGUGUGAUGACAAUUAUGUGCCAUCCGUUGUGUCCUCCAAAUAUUAUGGCAUCAACUCACAUAUCAAAAACGAUCACAACAAUAAUUGCCAUCUCAACAUUAAAGACUCAACUAAAACUUUUAUUCCAAUUAAAAAAAAAAUCGAGAACAUUAAAAGAAAAUUCAG